AUGUCAGCCAUCCAACGCAGCAUUCGUACGACAGCAAGUAAGAACAUCAACCUCCGGCUUCCUUUCCCCGCCAGAUCGCGAGCUCCUCUUGCCCCUCUUUCAACCUUCACCGCAGCUCGAACUUCACCACGAACUACAACUACGACUACAACUCCGGCCCUCAAGCAAUUCUCCACCAUGUCUCCUCUUCAAUCGGGAGCUCCUCCCCCACCGCAAGCCCGCGAGUAUGAUCCCGAGAUCAAGGAUAUUGCUUCCUACGUGCACCACACACCUAUAAACUCUGAUCUCGCAUUCGACACCGCCCGCUUCGUCUUCCUCGACACUCUAGGCUGCGGUCUCGAAGGUCUGCGCUUCCAAGAAUGCACGAAACUGCUCGGCCCAAUCGUUGAAGGCACCAUCGUCCCAAACGGCACCAAAGUCCCCGGCACACCCUUCCAACUCGACCCUGUGAACGGUGCGUUCAAUAUCGGUGCUAUGAUCCGCUGGCUGGAUUAUAAUGACUGCUGGCUUGCCGCAGAAUGGGGCCACCCUUCGGACAACCUGGGCGCCAUUUUGGCGGUCGCAGACUGGAUUUCGCGGACGAACCGUGCCGGAGGUAAGCUGGGGAGUGGAAAAGUUAUUACGGUCAAAGAAGUCCUGGAGGCUAUGAUCAAGGCACAUGAGAUUCAGGGCUGCUUGGCGCUUCUAAACUCGUUCAACAAGGUCGGUUUGGACCAUGUUGUGCUGGUCAAGGUUGCUAGCGCUGCUGUGGUUUCUAAGUUGCUGGGUCUGUCGGAGAAGCAGACGGCGGAUGCGGUUUCGCAGGCUUGGGUUGAUGGCCAGAGUUUGCGGACAUAUAGACACUCGCCGAACACCAUGUCGAGGAAGUCGUGGGCUGCUGGUGAUGCUUGCCAGCGGGCUGUAAACCUCGUUUUGAAGGUCAUGAAGGGCGAGCCUGGCGUUCCUACUGUUCUUUCUGCUCCAGUUUGGGGUUUCUACGAUGUCUUAUUCAAAGGCAACAAGUUUGAAUUCCAACGUCCUUAUGGUAGCUACGUUAUGGAGAAUGUUUUGUUCAAGGUUUCAUACCCAGCUGAAUUCCACUCCCAAACCGCAAUAGAAGCUGCAAAGCGCAUCCACAAGACCCUAGCCGACCAAGGCAAAUCCGCAGCCGACAUCAAAGAAAUUACCUGCCGCACCCACGAAGCCUGUAUCCGAAUUAUCGAUAAACAAUUCAAGCCUAUGGACAACUUCGCCGAUCGCGAUCACUGCAUCCAAUACAUGGCCUCGGUUAUGCUUGUGUAUGGUCGCCUAGAGGCAACCGACUACACGGACGGCGGGGAAGCUGCAACCUCACCUCUCGUUGAGUCUCUCCGCCAGAAGAUCAAGUGUGUAGAGGACCCUCAAUUCACACUGGAUUACCACAAUGAGAACAUGCGCACGAUCCCUAAUGCACUAACGGUAACACUUAACGAUGGCACCGUGCUGGAGGAAGUCGUAGUUGAGGCGCCGUUGGGACAUAGGCUCAGGAGGGAGGAGGCAAAGCCAGAGAUUCUAGCUAAGUACAAGAGGCAUCUUGGACAUCACUACAGUGAAGCUAAGGUUAAGGAGUUGGUGGAUCUUGGGAAUGAUGGGAAGAAGUUGGAGGCUAUGGCUGUGGAUGAGUAUGUAGAUUUGUAUGUAAGUAAGGACAGCAAGUUCGUGCAAUAG